GGAUGUCACGAAAGGAGAGAGCGAGACAGAGGCUGCAGGUUGUUCCUUCUGUCCUUUUCUUCUCAUAAGUAAAAUCUCCUACUGGUCCUGAGGCUGUUUAGCAUUACAUAAAACCUGCAGGCAGAAGCUCCACGGUGAAUGUGGUCUCAGGGCUAACAAAAAGAUGAAAGAAAGGGUCACACUGGCACAUUCAGUGACACUGAACCUCAGCACCACAGCCGCCGUACUCAACUACUUUUCCUAUUAAGGUUACUCUCUCCGCAAGAGGCCUCAGAGAUUAAUUGGAUACAAAGAAGAUGAAUCGAUUUCUUCUGCUGUUCCUGCUGCUGCUUUUUCCCCAUGCGAUUUCCGUGGGACUUUUGGUGGCCGCGAGGGGGAGGCAGGACAGCGAUCCGUCAGGGGAAGGCGGGAAGACACUGCAGCGCUUCAAAAGAGGAUGGAUGUGGAACCAUUUCUUCCUGCUGGAGGAGUACACCGGAAAUGACUACCAGUAUGUGGGCAAGCUUCACUCCGACAUGGACAAAGGCGACGGCACCGUGAAGUACGUCCUCUCUGGCGAAGGGGCCGGUUCUUUAUUCCUCAUCGACGAAAACUCGGGGGAUCUUCAUGCCACCAAGAGGCUCGACAGGGAGGAGAAGGCUUUCUAUACGCUCCGAGCUCAGGCCGUGGACAAGAAGACAGGCUGGCCAUUGGAGCCGGAGACGGAGUUCAUCGUCAAGAUCCACGACAUCAACGACAACGAGCCCAAGUUUACGAAACCCAUGUACACGGCAAGCGUCCCCGAAAUGUCAGAAGUAGGCACGUUCGUAGCUCGUGUGACAGCCACGGACGCCGACGACGCCACGUACGGAAACAGCGCCAAGCUCGUCUACAGCAUCCUGCAAGGCCAGCCUUACUUCUCCGUGGAGCCCGAGUCAGGAAUCAUCAGAACAGCCCUGUCCAGCAUGAACCGGAAAAACAAGGAGAAAUACCAGGUGGUCAUCCAAGCGAAGGACAUGGCUGGACAGACAGGGGGGCUGUCCGGAACCACGACGGUCAACAUCACCCUCACGGACGUCAACGACAGUCCUCCGCGCUUCCCUCACAGCUCCUACCAUCUCAGCACUUUGGAGUCCGCCGAGAUUGGGUCAGCGGUGGGUCGCAUUAAGGCCAACGAUGGGGAUGUCGGAGAGAACGCCGAGAUUCAGUACAGGAUCAUUGACGGGGACACGGGGGACAUGUUUGAUAUAGUCACCGACAAAGUGACGCAGGAGGGCAUUGUCUCUGUAAGGAAGCUGCUUGACUACGAGAGCAGGAGGACGUACACGCUGAAGGUGGAGGCGGCCAACACCAACCUGGACUACCGCUUCACGCACCUGGGGCCCUUCAAAGAUACAGCCACAGUGAAGAUCACGGUGCAGGACGUGGAGGAGCCGCCCGUGUUCGGCACCGCACCGUACGUCAUCGAGGUUCACGAGGACACGACGGCAGGCAGCGUCAUCGGGGUGGUGACAGCGUGGGACCCGGACGCCACAGAUCACCCUGUCAGAUAUUCCAUAGACAGGCAUACAGACCUCGAGAGGCUGUUCCACAUUGACUCAGUCAAUGGUUCAAUCUCCACGCUGAAAUCACUGGACCGGGAAAUGUCAAAAUGGCAUAACAUUUCAGUUGUUGCUACAGAAAUAAGUAAUCCACAGCAGAUAAGCCGCGUCCCUGUUUUCAUUAAGGUUCUAGAUGUCAACGACAACGCGCCGGAAUUCGCCAUGUUUUACGAGACCUUCGUAUGUGAAAACGUUAAAGCCGGACAGUUAAUACAGACCAUAAGUGCUGUUGACACAGAUGAACCACUUAUCGGACAUAAGUUUGUGUUCGCUUUGAGUACAACUAAUCCAAACUUCACAAUCCUCGACAAUGAAGAUAACACCGCGAGGAUCCUGACCAGGAGAGGCGGGUUCAGCCGGCGGGAGAUGAGCGCUUACCUCCUGAGGAUCGUCAUCUCCGACAAUGACUAUCCCGUCCAGAGCAGCACCAACACGCUGACCGUCCGCGUGUGCGCGUGCGACGGCGGUGGCAAUGUACGCACGUGCAGCUUGGAAGCUCUCCUGCUCUCCGCCGGCCUCAGCACCGGAGCCCUCGUCGCCAUCCUCCUCUGCAUCGUCAUCCUCCUCAUGAUAGUGGUUCUGUUUGCCGCCCUGAGGCGACAGAGAAAGAAGGAGCCGCUGAUAUUCUCCAAGGACGACGUGAGGGACAACAUCGUCAGCUACAACGACGAAGGCGGCGGCGAGGAAGACACGCAGGCCUUCGACAUCGGCACGCUGCGCCACCCGGAGGUGAUGGACGCUACGAGCCUUCGGCGGGAUAUCAUUCCGGAAGUUCUCUUUCCCCUGCGCCGGACUUCGAUCAUAGAAGAGAACCCGGACGUCCGAGACUUUAUUAACAGCCGGCUGCAGGAUAACGACUCAGAUCCAACUGCCCCCCCUUACGACUCGCUUGCCACAUACGCGUACGAGGGCAGUGGCUCCAUCGCCGAGUCGCUGAGCUCGCUGGAGUCCGCGGCGACAGACGCUGACCACGAGUACGACUACCUCAGUAACUGGGGACCCCAGUUCAAGAAACUGGCUGACAUGUACAUCGGGAAGAACACAGGAAAAGACGUUUAGCCCUGAACUCUACGGUGGCGUCUCCUGAUUACACGAAAAAGAAAACACAUGAAAACUGGAAUAUAAUUUAAAGCAAACAAACAAAAAAAUUAUAAAUGACCUUUUACAUCCUCUGUUUUUUUUUUUUUUUUACCUAUUUUGUAAUUAGUUAAGACUCUUUUUGUGGAUAACUGUGUACGCAGUGUGUUUUGUAACGAUGAGGUAUGAAGUAAGGUAUUCUUGAAUACUGUGAAUAUUUAAAGAAAAACAAGCUUGUACUUUAAACUGUAUUUAAAAUAGCUAGACACCUGUAAAAAUGUGUUAUACCGAAAGGCCUAUUUAAGUAUUUAUCGUUCUUUUUCUCUCCGUGUACUAUUUGGUAAAGAUCUGUGUCAAACUGUGGAAUAUUUUCUUGACUGUGUAAAAAUGUAAUACGAAUCUGUCUAGAAUAAUUUCCUGUACAUUGAUUUUAUGUUGUGUGGAUGCUAAAAUACACUUUUCUAUAUAUUUUUGCAUAUUUUUAUUAAAAAAAAAAAACAAUGGCUACAA